CGAGCUCACUGUGACCGGCAGUCGGCACCGAGCAUCCAGGCAGAGCACAUCGAGCCAUCGGAGUCGGGGCGAGAUACGCAAACACGCACCUCGGGACCUAACCACGGGCACGAUGGCCGUCCGGCGCGUGCACCGUCAACAACAACAGCAAGAACAGCAGCAACGUCGUCACCGUCGUCGUGGUGCCGUACUCGUCGUCGCGCGUGUUCUUCGUACUUACCUGCAUACGGAAUCGAAGCAAGAGCAGCAGCAGGAUCGCGCGCUCGCUAAAGCAUCGUGGCCACCAUCGUGCGGAUACGUGGCGCGCGGACUAUGCGCCUGGUGCACGCAAUAAACGAAAGAAAAAGAGAGGAAAAACCUACAACACGUAUACGUACACGACGACAACGCACGGAAAGUUGCUGGCAGCGCGCGCGCUAAAUACGACACACACCACGGGGUCCAGGGACCACUCUACACACGACUCAACCUACAUCACACACGUUCCAUCGUUACCUCUUCCUUGUCCCCUCGUUUCCAUCCGCCGUGUGUAUAUCGCACCUCCUUCUCUCCUCCCUUGUGUGCGCCGGCCUUCCCACGCGGUCCUCGUAUCUUCGCCGAGAUUACGUUUCGGUUAAUACGCGAGUAAACGCGCGUCGGCCGUUAAACCUUCGGCUCGUUGCCGGCCCGCGUUUGUCGUUCACGGUGAUAUACAUCUCUUUCUCUCUCUCUCUCUUUUUCGUGUCUCGUCGAUGAUCAUCGGUGAUAUUCGUUUCAUCGAGAUUACUAUCGUAUCCUCGCGUCUUUGUGUUUUGACUGGUGGUGCGUUUUUAGUCGUGUUCCGAUCUCGUAUCACCGCGGCCUUCUUUUUUUUAUACUUACGGUGCUACGUUCUCGUUUUGUGCCCCUCACGUCGAAGGGGAAAACAAGGAAAGGAAAAAUCAAGCAAAAGAAAAGAAAAGUGUGCGUUCAAAUAUAUAGAAGCCUAACCUCCUCCGUCGACGACGGUGGCGACGGUGGUGGAGGCUAAGGUGACGGUGACGGUGAACCGUUCUCUGUGUGCUCUGUGCUGUCGUCCUUGCGUCAUUCGUAUCGUAUUGUUCGUUGUUGUGCGGCACUAGUGACACAGAGAAGUACCGAAGGGAGGAAGUGUCUGUCGCGUCGGUGGCGUUCUUUAGUCGCGUAGUCUCGUGCGCGCGUGACAGAGGAGCACGCAGUCCGUGAUAGAAAGAGAGGCAGCGCAGCGCCGUUCCGACGGAUUGUAGCAGCCUUGUUGAGAAGAGAGAAGAAUCUGCCUGUCGCUGUGCGUCGUCUUCUCCUCUCUCGGACCAUCGUCUUCUCGUCGAGUUUUGUUUCCGCUAGUUGUUCGCUCGUCGCUUAGUGUGCUAUUCUGAACGUCGUGUGUUGAACGAUUCGCAGCCGGCACGUCGAACACCGGCUUUCGAAAUUCCCGCGUCGGCCGUAUCGGCUGCCUAACCUCUCCUUGGUCCGCUACUCGAGGCGGACACACCUCUUGUGUUAAGUCGCCGAACGACGAAGACAGGAAAGACGGUGGCCGUCGCUCGGCCAGCAAUAAUGCCGCACGUGAGCAGCAGCGGCGGCGGCGACGAUCUCGGCAGCGAAGACGAGGUCAAGGUCUUCAAGGAUGAGGGCGAGGACGAGAAGAGGUCCUCCGAGAACCUCACGGAGGAGAAAAGUUCCCUCAUCGACCUCACGGAGUCUGAGGAAAAGGGCUCGCUCGCCGGUGGAAGUUACGCGACGACGGGCAAGACGUCAGCGAGAUCCGACCUCAGCCCCGUUUUCGGUAAGGUGGAUCCGACGCCACAUACCUCGUCGUUCAACAUGGGCUACCUCGUCUCGCCGUACCCCUACCCCAAUGGCGCCGGAGGACCCAUUCCUGUGUCUAUGGUAAGUAUUCGAGAGACAACGUUCUUCUUCUUCCCCCUUUGUUGGUCCACGCGCGGCAACGAUAUCCGCCAGAAGGUUGUAUGCAUUUACGUCGUCUGGAAGCGUAACGCGAUCAACUACGAACGCGUUUCACCACGAUCAAGAUCCGCGAAACUCAUAAUCGAUCGUUGAUCCGUGGAUUCCGGU